GCGUUUUCUCCCCACACCGACAAGACCGACAGAUAGGCAGGCUGGCGAGCUCCCCGGAGAAGGAGAAGCUAGGGGGAGGAGUUAAUCACUGUCUGUCAGAGUGGUUACCGGAGUGAACGAGGCGGUCCCUGAGUACCUCGUGUCCAAUAGAAUGCGACGCUCCUUGUGUCGCUAUGGUGACGGGGUUGUGCCCAGAGAGGCUGUGAUGGGUUGACAGGUGCGUGACAAUCGGAGCUCUCUGCAAGCAUGUACGCCAAAGGCAAGAGUAACAGCGUACCGUCCGACAGCCAGGCCAGGGAAAAGUUAGCGCUGUAUGUUUAUGAAUAUUUGCUCCAUGUAGGAGCACAGAAAUCGGCACAGACAUUUCUGUCAGAGAUAAGAUGGGAGAAAAAUAUCACAUUAGGGGAACCUCCUGGAUUUCUCCAUUCUUGGUGGUGUGUUUUUUGGGACCUCUAUUGUGCUGCACCUGAGAGACGAGAAACAUGUGAACAUUCAAGUGAAGCAAAAGCCUUUCAUGAUUAUAGUGCUGCUGCAGCCCCCAGCCCGGUGUUAGGAAGCAUUCCCCCAGGAGAUGGCAUGCCAGUGGGGCCUGUUCCUCCAGGAUUCUUUCAGGGACCUCCCGGUUCACAGCCUUCACCACACGCACAGCCUCCACCCCACAAUCCCAGCAAUCCCAUGAUGGGCCCUCACGGUCAGCCGUUCAUGUCGCCUCGAUACCCGGGAGGCCCUCGGCCACCUCUCAGAAUACCCAAUCAGGCACUUGGAGGUGUCCCAGGAAACCAAGCUUUAUUGUCAAGUGGAAUAGAUCCAACAAGGCAACAAGUUGGUGCAGGGCAUCCUAACAUGGGUGGACCAAUGCAAAGAAUGACACCUCCUCGAGGCAUGGUUCCUCUUGGGCCACAGUCUGAUCCUUGGUUAUCAUUGCAGAGUUAUGGCGGAGGAAUGAGACCCCCUCUGAAUGCUUUAGGUGGUCCUGGAAUGCCUGGCAUGAAUAUGGGUCCCGGAGGCGGUAGAGCUUGGCCAAAUCCCCCCAGUGCUAACUCAAUACCAUACUCUUCUGCGUCUCCUGGGAAUUACGUGGGUCCGCCGGGAGGAGGGGGCCCCCCAGGAACUCCAAUAAUGCCCAGCCCAGCAGAUUCUACCAAUUCUGGAGACAACAUGUACAUAAUCAAUCCUGUUCCACAGGGAGGAAACAGGUCUAAUUUCCCAAUGGGUCCUGGGUCAGAUGGUCCGAUGGGAGGAAUGGGGGGAAUGGAGCCCCAUCAUAUGAACGGGUCAUUAGGCUCAGGAGAUAUGGAUAGUAUUUCCAAGAACUCUCCUGGUAAUAUGAGCAUGACUAAUCAACCAGGCACUCCACGGGACGACGGAGAGAUGGGUGGGAACUUCCUCAAUCCUUUUCAGAGUGAAAGUUACUCUCCAAGCAUGACCAUGAGUGUGUGAUUGACUGCCCUCAAGGAGGAAUCUGAAGAGAAGAUUUAUUUAUCUUGUGUACAGUUAACAGAGGAUCUUCGUCUGAGCCCACUGUUUCCUCUAUCAGUUUUGUGAAGAAAGUGGGUCCAAACCUCUUUUUUUCCCCCCUUUUACAUUUUUAAGACUGAAAUGCAUUUUAAAAAUCACCAUGAUUUGAACUGCUAAAUGAUCAUUUGUAUAUAUCCCAUUAAGCUGUUAUAUGGAUCAAGAAUAAUCAAAACUUCUUUUAAGUAGAAAAAAAAGACUUUUUUAUUCCAUUUUUGUUCUUUAAACGUUUACAUAUUUUAAGCCUGACACAGUCUUUUUAUUUUUUCUCUACUUGGAAGUUCAUGUUGUACUGUGUAUACCACUGUUAAAUAAGUUAUUUUGUAGUCAGAAAAUCCGAAUGAUACUGGUUGUAUAAUAUUGGGAGGAGGAUUUGUUCCUUUUUUGACUGUUUCAUUGUGCUUAUCCUGUGAAUGAACAGCUCUGUCUUUAUCAAGAAACAAAAGAAAGCCUGAGCUUGUGUCAGCAUGUGGAAAUUGUUAAUAUUUAACUGAAAUUAUAGCAGAUACUUAGUGCAGCAGUAACAAUCACUUGCACAUUUCCCUCAUCCAGGGUUCAGCCUGCAGUGGAUGUCUGGAUUAUUUGAGCCCUGACUCUGUAAAAGACCAAAUUUAUAAGUAUUUCUACUACUUGGGGAUGUAACCAUUUUUAAACUAUAGCCUAUGACAGUUCACAAAAGAUUGUGAAUGGAGUGUUCAAUAUAAGGUAAUUAAAAACAGAUAUUCUGUGGCUCUUCUUUUAAAAUGAGUCUAUGGCACUUUUCCUCAUUUUCUUGAAGUUUAUUGGAUUAAAACAUUUUUUAAAGGCAAUUUGUACAAUUUCUUAAGUAUGUGUUUAAUAUGGAAAUUUUACUAAAAGUUUAGGAAACAUUUGAACAUUCAAAAAUUUAAUAUACAAGCAAGUACCUCCAGAUGUUUAUCCUGUUCUGUAAACCCUCUCUCUUCUGUACAAACUUUCUGUCUUUAGGAGCAGAAGCCUUCCAUUUUUCUCUACUUUUAAAUAACAUUUAUGUUUCAACUGAUUCUGGUGCUUGGGUUGAAAUAAUAAAAGGUAAGAAGGGUAAAAGUCGAGCAACCUGCCAUAAUAUGAAACAACUGACUAAUAUUGGAUAAGAAAAGGUACAGCAUUUGAAAAACAAUAUAAAUUAGAGGAGGAGGGCACUGACGGGAGAUGAUUUGGUUUAUAUUGGGGAUAAUCCUUUCUAUCUUAUUUCCCUUGCAUUUACAGUAAUUAUAUAUUAAAUACAUUGUGAAGAAAGUAUUAAAAAUUCUCAUGUUAUACAAGAAAGUAACUAAUACCACACAGUGCAAAUUAAGAAUUUGUCACUCAUUCAGACAGAUGACAAAAGGCAUUAAAAAAUAACCAAUAAUUUUCUAACAUCCUUUAUUCAGUUCAGGUUUUGGAAAGCUGCUGCCCAUGCUGGCAAAAAUUCUGGGUGGAUCACCAGUCCUUCUCAAGGCUCAUUACACACCCCCCAUUCAUUCAUACUGGGCCAGUUUGGAAUCGCCAGUAAAUGUAAUGUGCACAGUUUGGCAUCCGGGAGAAAAACUAUAUCACUGAGAGAAAAACCCAGACACACAUGGGGAGAAUGUAGAAAGGCAGUUGAGGACCAUACAUUCGAACCCAGGACUGUGGAGCUGUGAGGCAGCAGCAUUAACCACUGUGCCACCUUGAUUUAAAAACGGGUUAAAAAAAAACAAAAUGGCAGGUGCAACCAGCAUUACCUGCAAGUGUAUUUAGUAGUUCUUACAUUGUUAUCUUUCCUAAGGAUAAUUUCUUUUUGCUUUGAGGUUCCCUAUUCAAUAUGAAUUUAAUUUGUUAAAGGUUCAGUUAUUUUUCAGGUACUGAAUUCAACAAGGUACUGAAGAGUAUGGCAUGUAAAAAUUACUUUUUCUCUCUAUUAUUUAGUUAAGAUCAUCUUAUACUCGUUCAUUUUAGGCAUUCCUUUUGCAGUAAUAUUUUUUUUUGUCAUUCUUUUGAGAACUAUGUGGUUUCUCCAAUUAAAAAUACAUUCAGUAUGGAAUUUCCUUUCAUUCUGUAUUCUAAAGCUUCAUUCACAUUUGAAAAUCAUAUUAAUGUUAAUCCAGUACUAUACAAUAAGAUUGUAAUGGCUAUUUUCUAAGUUCAUACAUUUGUAGCUCUGUGUUUUUAUUGCCAUUGAUUUAUUCUUUUCCUUUGAAACCCAAUACUAAAAUAUGUUGUAUGUACAGAAUUAACUACACUACAGUUUAGUUACUGACGGUCCAGAUGUAACAAUGUGAAAUGUCAUCUAGUAACACAAUGCACUUUUUGCUACAUAAAAUGUGCUUACCAUCUGGUACAUGAGAAUUACAUUUACCACAUAAAUAAAUAAAUAAAAUAUUCUGAUGGAAAAACAAAACACUAAUUUCUGUAAUAAAAAAAUAAUCAUAACUUGUAUACAUUUCACAAAAUGACCAACAACACAACUUGUUCAGCCAGGCAUUGCAACAUGUCAAAUACCCCAGAGUUUGCUAGGUGAACUGGUAGAAAAGGCCCGGUCAAGUCAAGCUUCAAAGCUUAAGUCACAGCAAGGCAGAUGCCUCACUUAGUCAGUUUUGGGCUUUCCUCAAUGCUUCAGAUGUUACGUUAAACAAGGGAUAGGGUCAUUGGCAUGCAGAAAGAAGGCAUGUCAUGUACCAAUAUUUCCAGACAACACAGUGGCAUGCAAAAGUUUGGCCACCCUUACAUAAAAUGUCUGUUACUGUGAAUAACCUUCUGCUCACUUAACUAUUCACAGUAACAGAUAUUUUAAGCAAGGGUGGCCAAACUUUUGCAUUCCACUGUAACAAAUGAAUCUAGUCCACUCUAUCUCAAAUUAAGGUAAUGUUUCAGUUCUAGAUGUCCUCGAGUAAUUACACCACAACAGGACUGACAUAACUGAGCAGUCAUUUUAGGUCUGUUCCUGAAACACAAUGCCCACUCAGUUAUGUACUCCAUGGUUCUGGCCUGAGAGCAAAUUCCAUUGUCACACCUCCUUCACUACCUUGACCCUAUAUAGCAGAAUAGUGCCAGACCACUCAUAACUGCUGUGGUCACAACUGUCUUGAGGAAUGCUGGUGUGCAGCUGUUCUUCUGGCUUAUGUUUACCCUUGACCACAACCUCCAUGCAUCAUGCUUGGAUGCCCUGGAUCACAACAUCUUUAGAUCUGACCCUUUGUGUGCUAGUAGCCAAAACAUUUGUCAGGUCCUUUUGCAAAAAUGAGAUGCUACUCUACAAUUGCCAGUUCUGUGACUGAUUGGCUGAAGCUGCAGUGACCGAACACAAGAUACUGAAGAACUACAAGGUGAUUGUUGUUCACAGAUGUAAUUGUUUUCCUAUUGUUUUGCUCUCAUAAUAUUAUUUUAUUAUAAUUUCAACAAUUAAGUGUUUAUUCUUUUUCUAUCAGUAUAUACAGUACAAGGUGGCAUACAAGAAAGUAGCCUGGUGUUAUUUUCGAUGUCAUUAAAGUUUCAUUAGUAACAAAAGAGUAACAGGUGAUAUACAGUAUUACACUUUAAAAGUGAUUUGUUAUUUUAUUAAUGUUAGAGAAUUUUAUUAAAGAAUGUUACUGACCAUUUUAAAUACUGUACUGAAAAUGGCCUCUGCCAGCAGUGACGCUAAAUUCUGCUCCAUAUAACAUUCAUAAUACACCCAUUUACUGUGAUAAUCGCCAUGUAAACUUAUGAUUAGCUUUUGGUAUAUGAUCUGCAGUAUCGGCCACAACCUCUGUGGUCUGGGUUGAAGGGUCUCUGGGUUUCAGUGCAUUGUUCACAGGACCAGUAGUCCACCACUUGUUCAUCAUUCGCUGAAUUGUGCAUGUUGCAGGCGAUUCUCCACUAAUCCUUCACAUGUCUACAUGAAAGGAUCUACAUGAACAUACAAUUUGUCAAUUGAAAAAAGCUGUUCCAAAGAGUAAUGCCAUGUCUUCUCUCCAGCACAUAUGCAGGUAACUGAAUUGACUCAGCAUAAUGCUGUGCUUACCGAGUUCCCGCUAGCUUUGCUGGCUUAGUGAGUGUGGGAAUGCUUUUUUGUGCACCACCCGGUAGUAUCACACCAGGACUCAUUUGAAUUUUGUUGUUUUCAAGCACACAGCUAUCAAGCUAUAUGGAAAAUGAUGAUAAACUGAAAUACGGAUACCCGUUUACCUUAAGGCUUUCUUCUGUUUCUUGUUGUUAACCUCUGCUCUUUUAUCAAACAAACCACUCAAAUUUUCGGUGAUUUUUUUUUUUCUCAUAGAAGAUCGUAACUUGGGAACUCUGAAUUAUUUCAGAAACAUGUUAAAGAAGGUUUUCACAUUGUUCUUUUAUGAGCUACACGUCAAGCUUUUCUGACUUGCCAAUGUAAGGAAUUCUUUUUUGUAAAAUAGAAAAAAAUGCCACUUUUUUCCAUUUGUAAUGCAUUUUAUGUUUCAGUGUUCUGCUUCUGUAAAUACAUUUGAGAAGUAUAAUAUCAAUUUUUGAGCAUCCUGAUUUGAAAAAGACAGUCUUCUGACUUGUUUGGUAAUGCCUUGUGGGUAAAACAUCAGUGCAGAUGUUUGCACUUAA